CCCAGCGCAAGGAACGAGUGUGGCAGAAUGAGUGCCAGAAUCACCUGUUAAGAGACCGGGUUGUGGGUCGUGCGCUCUAGUUGGAUGUAUCUGGUACUAAGUGAACACUCGACGCCUGUAUCACAAACUAAGUCGUCUGGUCAAGGAGAAUGCUGGAGGACAGAAAGAUUAAAUCAAAUAACUUGACGUCUGACAUUUGAAGCAGUCACGAACUAUUCAGCCCAGUGUCUUCGCGGUCACAGACUUCUGCGCCACCGUGUACACUUAAUUAACACCUUGCUUGGUUCAAAUGAGAGAAAUACAGAAGUGAACAAAUGGAACAAGUUAUGGAAAAAAUUAUGCUACUAUUUGUAAACCUAAAUAGUUUCCUGCAUCUAGUAUAUAAAUAGAUGUGUAAGCAGGAUCUUUAUUCAUAGAAAAUCCUAUAUGUCGCUUUAAAUACACAUGCAUGUGUAUCUACGUUAUUAAACCUUAAAGGUAACUCCGAAGAUAACCUCCAGCUUUCAUUUUACGAUAAAUAAUUAGUCUCUUCCUUCUGAAAUUUUACUAUAGGUUUUGUCCUGUCAGCUUUAGGUCAGCAUGACUUUACAUGAAAAGAAAUAAACGAUUGUGAUAUUUUUGUUAGGGUGUAAAGGGGAAAUAACUUCGACUAACUAAAAACGCAGUUGUUUCCCCAAAUUAAAGUUCUCAAUGCACGCUUACAAACAAUAACGGCUAAAUGCGACUAAUGAAAUACUGCAUGUACUAUACAAAGCUGAUUCUGUGUGUUUCAGAGAAGCAAAACGUGUUUAAAUUAGAUGGCGUAAAUGCUAAACAUUAUGAACGUGAUGUUUCUAAACAUGUUUACGAUAUUCGGGAUAGCAGAUAAUAAGAAUGUCUAGAAACUUCUCUACCAUGAUGCAAGAGUUCCCUGACGUUGCAACGUAUCAGAGUUACAUGAGCAUCCAGAGAGCACAGACUCUAAUCUUGCCUGCCAUUUGUGUGAUGGGUUUUUUCGCCAACACUCUAUCGCUCAUGGUGUUUCUGCAACCUUGCCUACGUAGGCUUUCGUGCAGCUUCUAUCUCGCAGCCAAAUCAGCUUCGGAUUUUGUGUUUUUGGCCACAGUGUUUAUAAUUUGGCUUGUAAGAGUGGAUAUACACGUGUUCAACACCACGGGCGUAUGCCAGAUUGUCGUGUUCUUCUCGUAUUUGACAGCGUUCAUUUCGAUUUGGCUGGCCGUGGUGUUGACUGUGGAAAAUUUGCUGUGCAUCUGGAGACCCUGGUAUGUGCAGAGGACCUGCAAUGCGACAUCCGCCUGUGUCUUGACUUUCAGCAUCGUUGCAAUCGGGAUAGCAUUGUACCAGUUCUCACUCUGGAACAACGGGAUCGGCUACGACAAAAUGUCGAGUCAUGACUCCACGACUGACUCAAACCUCCAAAACAUUGCCAACCAUUCGCCCAACGCUACUUCUGAAAGGUUCGAUUAUAGAACAGACUCCACAGGAGAAAAACUUGAAGUGGACCUAAAUGAGGACUCAAGAACAACUACAUUAGCAGCAAAUCCGCCUUCGUCCACCAACAGCAGCGGUCUAACGACCACGCACGCGAAGACGUGUAUGCAGCUGGAGAAAUUCGAACAUUUCAUCGUCAUCACCACGUACAUCGACUCCAUCAUCACCAUCUUUCUGCCCAUCGUCAUUCUCGCCGUCACCAACUCGGCCAUCGCUUUCAUUGCGGUACGCUCAUCGCGGCGGUCCAGGACUCUGCGAAAAGAGAAGGCGGUGUACCAGCUCCCAGAACGACAGGGCGCCUCCUCCUCGAGGGGCUCGGCCUCAGCCACUCUGGAGAAGCAGGCCUCCAAGUUCCUGUUCUUCGUAUCGGUGACGCUGCUGGUCUUUCACUUCCCCAUUCACAUUGUGAGACUUAAAAUGUUGGUGUUUAGUCCCAGCUAUCAAGACGUUUUUCUACAAAGGAUAUUUGAGACCCUUUAUUACACGCACUACGCCAUCGGCUUCUUUAUUUAUCUGAUCUACGGCUCCAAUUUUAGACGUGUCUUUAUCUCUAUCCUAACACGAAACAGUUACUGACUCAUUUCUCUUGUGCCAUGAAUUUGUUUUAAUCUUAAUUUAAAACAGCUGUUUCAACAUUAUCAACAGUAUUAUCAACAGCGCGGUAUUUUAUCUGUAAAAUGCGCUUUCAUUAUGUUGAAAGGCUGGAUGCCUUGCAUUGUUUCAUAUAUUUAAAAUAGCUGCACUCAUCCGUAAUCUUCGGAAUCAUUGCCAUUAUUAUGUUGUACAUAUUUGUUAUGUUGGAUUAUAUUAUUGUACCAAAUUAGCUUGCUUUAGAAAAUGUUAUGAUUUGAUGAUAAAUAAAUAAAAAACAACGUAU